AUGAAGCUUUUCAUUCGAAAAGAGCCUAGAUCAUUGGCGCUCCUAUCCAAUGGCUACCUUUUGGUUUUCGAAAAGUCUAGAGCUUCGAAUACCGCGCCAGAUGGAAAGUACACACAACCCACAACUGUAGUUGUUUCCCUUCCAAUUGAUGCCUUGAGCGAACAUAACUUCACAGAGGUCAAAGGACGCAUGUUCAAUGGGCUACUUGGUUUGGUGUGUGUGAACAACUACUUAUUCGUUGGUCUCAUAACAAAUAUUCAAAAGGUGGCAUAUCCAAGAUGGAGAAUCACCAGCGGUCAGGAACGGCAAGAUAUAGAGUCAAUCUAUCAGAUCCUGAAUGUCGAGUUCUUCUGCCUCAAUGGUGACACAUUUGACUACUGUUUGAACAAUAGCAACGAACAGCUAGAAAGGCCAUCAAGUGAGCAUCCAUGUACAGACUUAAUGAAGUUAUUUAGCGAUGGAACAUUUUACUACUCAAGAGAUUUUGAUCUAUCGAACACCCUUCAGGAGCGCGGCUUAACGAAUGGCUUAGACUAUGCAAUUGAUAAUCAGGAUCAUAAUUAUAUUUGGAACUGCAACAUGAUUAAUGAGGUGGUACAAUUGAGGGGUAGGGUUACAGCCUCAGAAAGGUCACUGUUUGAUGGUGCCUUAUUUCUCACAUUCGUCAUGAGAGGAUUCUGCAAGACGACUAUUACCUCUGACAAUUCCACAUCUUUAUCGACUCUCACCAUUAUAUCAAGAAUUUCCACGGAAAACAAAGAAAAUAUCUUUGAUUUGGAGGGUAUCGACAGAGAAGGGCAUGUCUCUAGUUUCAUUGAAACUGAAGUUAUUUUCUGUUCAUCACAGUACAUUCUAGCUUACGUUCAAACGCGGGGAAACGUUCCUCUCAACCUUGAGGUUACGGAGGGACAGAUUCUUCAUGGCAAAAAAGUGAAGUUAGUAGAGGACCCAGCAUAUUUUCAGGCAUCUUUCGACAAACACUUUGACAUGCUCGCUUCCAAAUAUGGUGUGAUCAGUGUGCUUAAUCUCACCAAACCCAAAAGUGAGUCUCAGCAGAUCAUGAGUAACGCCUAUAGAACAUGCGCCGACAAAAAGAGUGUUCGAAUCAUUAACGUUGACUAUGGAUCGGAUCUCUUAACAAAGCAGACACAUAAACUGAUCUACUUGCUCAAGCAGGAUCUUUAUGAGUUCGGAGCUUUUGUUUACGACAACAGCAGAGGGAUAUACGUGGGUAAGCAAACAGGCUGUUUGCGUAUCAGCGCUUUUGAUUCUGUAGAGAGGCCAAAUGCUGUUGAAAAGUGCGUCAGUAAAGAGGUCAUUGAAUUGACCAUCGGCGAGCUUUCCGAAGUAGAGCUAUCAGGCGCCUUCGAAAGCGCUCACGACAAACUUUGGGCGGACAAUAACUUUUGGUUGAAUAGAUUAUUCAAUGAAAACCUAAAGAAUCUCAACAAAUACAAGCGGGUUCACUGGAAGCUUUUUAGCACAACUUCUCGAGUGAACCUUUACGACCCACUUCAUGUUCACAUAACGAAGUUCAUGCGCAAGAUUAAAAAAGAGUAUACUUAUCAGAAGAGCAUUAAUAUUUUUACUGGUACAUUCAAUGUCAACGGUAAAACCCAAGUGGAUGACAUAAGUGAAUGGCUUUUUCCAGAUGGCACAGCUUUUGAUCAGCUGGCCGAUUUUUACGUUCUCGGCUUCGAAGAAGUUGUUGAACUGAGUCCAGGUCAAAUGCUUGCGAUAGAUCCGUAUCCCAAGCAAUUCUGGGAGCGCAAAGUUUUAGAAACUCUGAAUGACGUAGGAUCGAAAAGGUACAUCCAUGCUUGGGGGGGGCAGCUAGGUGGCGUUCUAAUGCUUCUAUUCAUCAGUGAAACAGAACAGAAGAAAGUAAAGCAUUUAGAGGGUGACGUUAAAAAAACGGGUUUUGGUGGAAUGUCAUCCAACAAGGGAGGGGUUGCUGUGCGAUUCACCUAUUCCACCACAAAAUUCUGCAUACUUGUUUCACAUCUCGCUGCCGGAUUGGAAAAUGUCGAGCAGCGACAUCAUGAUUUCAAAACUAUUGUUAAAAAUAUUAGAUUUGCGGGAGACAUUUCUAUUAAAGAUCACGAUGCGAUCAUAUGGAUGGGGGACUUCAACUAUAGAAUCUCUCUGCCGAAUGAUGAAGUCCGCAAAUGCGUACAAGCGGCGGAUUUUGGGAGACUUUUUGAAAAAGAUCAAUUGAAUCAACAAAUGAUCGCAGGGGAAGCGUUUCCGUACUACAAUGAAAUGGAAAUAACAUUUCCGCCGACGUAUAAAUUCGAUCCUGGCACCAAAACGUAUGAUACAAGUGAGAAACUUAGAAUUCCAGCUUGGACCGACCGUAUUCUGAGUCGUGGCGAAUCAUUGAAACAACUCGCGUACGGAUCAGCAGAAAACAUUAUUUUUUCUGACCACAGACCGGUCUACGCCACUUUCACUUCGUUGGUCACAGUUGUGGAUGAGAACUUAAAGGCUAAGCUGACGGCCGAAAUUUAUGGAAGGCUCACAGAGCAGCUUUCUGAUUUGACUGAAGAGGAACGAUUCGCUGUGCUUAAUAGCAGCGAUCUCAUUAUGGAGAAAUCUGAGAGUGAAGAUCCCGUUGGUCCCGAAAUUAGGCGAGGUCGAAAAUUGCCACCACCAAGUUCCGCGACAAGAAAGUGGUGGAUUGGCAGCUCAAAGCAGGCCAAAGUUUCACUCGACGUAGAUCCGACCAAGUAUAAGAUCAAUCCACGAAGGACUGCGAACCCUUUCCUGGAAAAUAAUGAAGAAGCUCGGUUUGUUCGAAGGGAAGCUGACUAG